AUGAAACUUUUGUUGUUGGUUCUCUUGUGUGUAACGGGUUUAAAAACUGAAGAUGUCAAGCAUAAAAGGACUACAACUGGUACUCAUAUAACAAAUGGUAUCAAUGUAGGAAAAGGACUAGCAGCCGCCUUAGCUGAUGAUAAUUUGGACAUGCCAAAGAAACUAGCUGACAUGGCCAAAAAAAUUGCACCUUUUUUAGGGGUAUUAGGUCCUUUUGUUUCUUUUGUAGUUGGUUUUAUUCCAAAGGGACCAACUAAGGAAUUUUUGGCUAUUCAGCAACUUCAUAAAGAUAUGGAUACUCGGUUUGAUCAAAUCAAUGGAAAGUUUCAUGAUGUAUCUAAACUUAUACAGUGGAAUACAGUCAGGCUGCAGUUUUCAAGUGUUGAGCAAACUAUAAAUAAUGCUUAUCAGAGGUAUACAAAUAUGUAUAAAGCAACGACCAGUAGAACUAUCGCAAGUGAAAUGCAUGUUUUUAAAAAUUAUAGGUCUAAGUUCGGUGAUAGUGCACUGACACUUUAUAAUGGGAUCAUGGGUACCAAUACUGUGUUUGGGGAUGAACUUUUACCGGCCUCAAUGAAAUUUACAGAUUACAAUAGAAAGCAGUGUGCACGAUUCAUGGAAGGUCUACUUAGACUACUGUUACGGGCAGUAGAAAUGGAUUUGGCUUACUUACAGUUAGAUACAAAAACUGCAGCAAGCGUUCACUCCCAUACAACGGAAUGGAAAAGAAGAUUAGAUUCAGUUCGAGGUAAAAUGUUACACGCGGACGCCACUAUAGUUUCUAAAUAUCAUGAACAGUCAGGUAAAGAUAUUGACAGAUAUUCUACGGACCAUCCAGAAUCUCAUAUGAACAAUCACGAUUGGGCUAAUAAUAUGUACCACUCGCUUGCGACAAAAUAUCAUUGGCGCGACUGGAUGGUUAUUGCGUAUGAUGAUGUUUCAGGAGAUGACAAGCACUAUCAAAGAGAGUGUGGUGGAUAUCUCAAAUUUAGAAGCAAUGGUAGGAACAUUGUCGUUGCAAGCAUUGAGAAGACGCACUCGCACGCCAGUUCGACUGAAGCCAAGUCCAUUAUUAACAGCGUUCAUGAUAACGAUGCUGUCCAUGUACAUAGACCAAAAGAUCACGUGGUACAUCGAUUUGUAGAUGCUCGUCAUGCAUUCGACACAUUUAACUCUAAAGCUAAAAGUGGAUGUUCAACGUAUGCAGCAGCAGGUGUGAUAGACAAUAAAGCCCAACCCUCUUACAAAGCAGCAUCCAAUCGAUUAUAUCUGAAACAUGCCUAUUAUCACUAUAUUCAUGUGUUUGGUUAAAGUUGUUAUUCAAAUAAAACGACAUUGACAGUCA